AUGGACAUCAAUAUCCAACAAUAUCUCCAAAUACCCCCAAACACGCCCUUACCCUUACUCUUCCUUAUCCUACUGGUCACCGUCGUAGUAACCAAACUAGCUAAAUCCAAAAGGCAGCGUUAUCCUCCCGGGCCUAAAGGAUUACCACUCUUCGGCAACUUGGGCAUGGUGGGCCAGCUGAACCACCGCGGCCUAGCAGUCCAAGCCCAGAAGUACGGCGGCCUGUUUUACCUAAAAGUGGGCCACGUCCACAUGGUGGCCAUCUCAACAGCCCAAAUGGCCCAACAGGUCCUACAGGCCCAGGACAACAUAUUCUCUAACCGGCCCGCGACCAUCGCCAUAAGCUACCUGACCUACAACCGGGCCGACAUGGCCUUCGCCCAUUACGGGCCCUUCUGGCGCCAGAUGCGCAAGAUAUGCGUCACAAAGGUGUUCAGCCGUAAACGGGCCGGAUCUUGGGCUUCGGUCCGCGAAGAAAUAAAUUCGCUGGUUAAUAAGGUCCAUUUAAGGAUUGGGUCACCGGUCAAUAUUGGGGAGGCUGUUCUUGAGCUUACCAAGAACAUCACUUAUCGGGCUGCUUUUGGGUCCAUGUCACAAGAGGGCCAGGGGGAGUUUGUGAAGAUCAUGCAGGAAUUUUCGAAGCUCUUUGGGGCUUUCAACAUUGGGGACUUUAUCCCAUGGCUAGGGUGGGUCCACGGUGGCGAUUUUCGAAGGAGGCUUGCCGGGGCCCGCAGGUCGUUAGACGGGUUUAUCGACAAAAUUAUUGACGACCACGUUGGUAAGAAGGAUAAAAAGAAAAAUCACGACGAUUGUGAUUUUGUGGAUAUUGAAGAUGACAUGGUUGACGAGUUGAUGAAGUUUUAUAAUGAAAACGGCGCAAAAAGUGUUGACCAGAAGUCGUCGGUCAACAUAACUAGGGACAACAUCAAGGCUCUUAUAAUGGAUGUCAUGUUUGGUGGAACGGAAACCGUGGCCUCAGCUAUAGAGUGGGCCAUGUCCGAACUAAUGCAUAGUUGGGAAGACCUAAAGAAGGUCCAACAAGAGCUCGUAAAUGUAGUAGGCUUGGCCCGUCAAGUCGACGAAUUGGACCUCGAAAAGCUCACGUACCUAAAAUGCGUAAUCAAAGAGACUCUUCGCCUUCACCCUCCGAUUCCUCUCCUCCUCCACGAGACCUCAACCGACACAAUCAUCAACGGCUACAAAAUCCCUGCAAAAGCCCGCGUGAUGAUCAACGCGUGGGCCAUCGGGCGUGACGAGAGCGCGUGGGCCGAGCCCAAUAAGUUCGACCCAUCCAGAUUCUUGAACAAUGAUGCGCCUGAUUUCAAGGGGAGUAACUUUGAGUUCAUACCAUUUGGGUCGGGCCGAAGGUCGUGCCCUGGGAUGCAACUUGGGCUUUACGCUCUCGAGCUGGCGGUGGCCCAUCUUUGUCAUAGCUUCGAUUGGGAGCUUCCGGAUGGGUUGAAGCCCGAUGAACUCGACAUGAAUGAUUUGUUUGGGCUCACGGCUCCUAGAGCGGUCCAACUUGUUGCGAUUCCCAAAGAACGCCUUAGUGUUCCUCUAUUUUGAUAUGUUUGUAGAUGUAUGGGAAUUUAAAUUUGGGGUUUGUUAUGAUUUGCAAGGUUUGGUUUAUGCUAGAUGUUUGAAUGAAUUGUGUUGUGUGGAUCAAUAAGCUUAUAAAUUGUCUUAUAUUGUUUGAACUUUGAAGUAUGAAAAAAAUAUGUUGA